AUGCCACCACACACGACUGAGUCGCCAGCAAAGAAGCAAAGCAAAUGGUCGCCUGAGGAGGAUGCUCUGAUCAUUGAGCUCCGGGGCAGCGGGAUGAAGUGGGACGACAUUUCCAAGCGUCUCCCGGGCCGGAGUUCUAUCAGCUGUCGCCUCCACUACCAGAACUACCUCGAGAGACGCAGCGAGUGGGACGAGGAGCGCAAAAACAAGCUUGCGCGGCUGUACGAGAGAUUCAAGCCCGAAAUGUGGGCUAAGGUAGCCGAAGAGAUGCAGGUUCCCUGGAGAGCCGCCGAGGCGAUGCACUGGCAGUUGGGCGAGGCCGACAUGGCGAGGCGCGCAGGAGUAGUCCCGUUCUCGCUCAACAUGACCCCGGCCGACCCACAAGGCUCGCAACGCUCGUCGCCUUCUCGGGGACAUGCACACUCGCAGUCCCAGGGGAGCCUCCCUCGAGACAUGUCGGGCAUGCCUUCUCCUCGAUAUAGCCGCGGCCCCACCACGCCACUGAUACCUCCCCCUUUAUCCAGUGGACGUCCGCUGGCGGCACGACGCGAGAGCAUGCCCCCUCGACCUUCGUACGGGCCACCCGAUCCCUCCGACUACGGUUAUGGCGCGCCGGGACCCGCCUUCGGUCUUGCGCCCAUCCAGACAGGCAACAUCGGGCAGGGACGCGGCGGCAUGCUGCCCAGUGUGGCCGAGCUGACAACGGGGGUCAGCCCCUACAGCACCCCGGCCUACUCCAUGGGAGUUCCUAGCGCAAGCCCGGUCCACAGCGCGACAGCCAGCCCGGGCCCCCUCCUGCCUUCUCUCUCCUCGUAUUCGCCUCUCGAGCCGGGCGGUGCCAAACGACGAGCGAGCCCCGACAUGGGAGCUCGCGAGACGAGCCGACGGCGACAUUUGUACCCGCGCCAAGACGAAAACGACGGCCAGCCGCCGGGGCCGUCACGGCGCGGCCACCGACGUGAACUUCCAUAUUAG